AAGCCUGAGUAGAGACACACAAGCACAGCAGCUGUGCUGAGUAAGUAGCGUAUAACAGCAACAACAGCAACAACAAGAAGCUUAAACUUAUUUAAAACAUGGAUAUGCAGUGCUGAGGGCUUUAUAGCGGAUUCAUCUGCUUUGCUGUCUAACUCUUCGCUCAUUUUGUGGAUAUUUGACAUUUUUUUAUUUGGUGAAAAGAUGUUGGACAAACGCGUAGUUGAUUCGCGUCGCGACCAAACAGAAGAUGUGAGAGGAAAAUCCGCUGGAGCUCGGGAGGGUUUGGAGAAGCAGUACCGGUUAGGAGCUCUGCUGGGAAGCGGCGGGUUCGGCUCGGUCUUUGCAGGACAGCGAAUCUCUGAUGGUUUACAGGUCGCUAUCAAACAAGUGUGCCAUGACAGAGUGCAGCAGUGGGCAGGACUGCCUGGUGAAUCAAGCCCGGUCCCCAUGGAGGUGGCGCUCCUGAUGCGGCUCGGAGGUUCAGGCCACUCUGGCAUCAUCCGCAUGCUCGACUGGUUUGAGGUGCCUGGUCAGGGGUUCUUUAUCGUGUUCGAGAGACCGCAGCCGUGCCAGGAUCUAUUCGACUUCAUCACCGAGCGUGGUGCUAUAGAUGAACCAAUCGCACGAAGGUUUUUGAAGCAGGUGGUUGAAGCGGUUCAGUUUUGCCACUCGAGGGGAAUCGUCCAUCGAGACAUCAAGGACGAGAACAUUCUAGUGGACACUCGUACCGGAGAUGUCAAGAUCAUCGACUUUGGAUCUGGCGCUCUGCUGAAGGACGCGGCCUACACAGACUUCGAAGGAACCAGAGUUUACAGCCCACCUGAGUGGAUCCUGCAUCAGCGUUACGAAGCACUUCCUCUCACCGUCUGGUCUCUGGGAGUCCUGCUGUUUGACAUGGUGUGUGGAGACAUUCCCUUUGAGAGAGACAGAGACAUUGCCCAGGCUACACCCAGUUUCACUAAGCGUGUCUCUAAAGAAUGCCAGUCUCUCAUUCGCUGGUGCCUCGCAUACCGCCCUGAAGAGCGUCCAAGCUUAGAGCAGAUUUUGCUACAUCCCUGGAUGAUGGAGAGCUCGGAAGACAUCGGAGACCUGCAGGACGACAGCAACAUCGCGCCGAGCCUUUAAUUUUAACCACGGACUAACUGAUGGCUGAUGGCUGUUGAAACUUCACACCUGCUGUUUGAUCAUACACUGGAUUACAUCACACUUUUACACUGGCUUCUCAACACAACUUUAUUUAUCACGUUAUUUUUCUUUUACGGAAAAGUUCUCCGGCAUUGUCUCAUCCCAUGACCGCUGUCCCGUGCCCUGUGCCCUGUUCUGCUGCAAAUCCAGCCCAUGUGUGCAUCUCAAAUCUACACUUCUACACACAUCCGGUGCUCUGCUUGGUUUAUUUAUUUACCUAUUUAUUAACUCGGACAUGUUAUAGGUAUUUAUAUUCUGGACUCAAGCAAUGAAGUUUCAGAAUCAGCUCUGUUCCCGUUCACGCUAAAGGACUUACAGCCAUCGUUGACUGAGAACAUGUUCCUGCCUGGUUCUACAGGCUCUUUGUAUAUAUUAUUGUUCCCUCGUUUUAAGAGGAGGUUUUUGUGUCAUGUCCUGCUGGGAGUGCAGAUACAACAGCGACUAUCGGUGACGUGAAUGUGUUUUAAUCCAGGAAACAUUCCUGUGAUUCCUGUUUGCAUUUAAAAAGAACAACAACAACAACAACGUUCACUAAAUGUCCUUCUGGGAAUUUUUUUUUUUUUUUAACCCAUGUGCCUUUUACUUUCGGUAUCUCUGUUUUGUAAAGUGCUCUAAAGUCAUAACAACAUUCAAGAAUGUAAGCAGUCAAACUAGAGGUGCUGAACUGGUCAUGUGAUUAAACACUUGGUCAGAAAACAGAGCAUGAAUGUUUUUCUGACUCAAAAACAGUGUGUCUGUUUACUUAGAAAGAAAAAAAGGUCAUUUCUGUUAAAGCCAAAGAGAUCUAAAUAGCACUAGGUUUUUGUUUUGUUUGUUUUUUUUUUUUUUAAAUGACUAAUUGUAUCCUUGUUUAACCUACAGGACCAAAUGUCAGAUUUGAAUGUUAAAAUGGGACCUUAUCUAGUGCAAAAAAAUGAAUGUAUUAGUUGUACUAUUUAAUUUGAAUUUGGCUUUUUUGUUUGUUUUGUUUUUUAUAAAGAGAAAACUUGUGUUUUAAACAUUGAAAAUGAAAUCCUUGCUAGUUUGCUUGGGUUUGCACAGCAACUUUUCUGUAAAUACUUGUGUAUUGAACUUUGUUAUUUUGUGGCAGCAGUCACAAGACUAUAUUUAAGUUAAAUUAAAAAACACACUCUAAUAA